AUGAGUGAAAACGAUGGUCUUGUAGACUUACUGGAGAGUGAUUUAGAAUAUUCUGUAGAAAAAGAAACCCCUGUGAAGCAUAGUAUUACUCAAUCAAGCUUUAAUGACUCGCACUUAACUUCAAAAACUGGCGGCACAAAUGCAAAGUCGUUUCUCUCUUUAUUAAGUGAUGAUUCGUUGAUCGAAUAUGUCAACGAAUUAUCCAGAGCGAAUAAGAACAAUGCCCAUUUGAUCACCGGUACCCCAAAAUUUGUUACUCAAAAGGUUGACUGUGAAAAUUUACAUACAGACCUUGACCGUCACGAAGACUUGCUCAUCGCUCAGAGCAAUAUCGAAGUUAAACCAAAUGAUAACAGUGAAAAUGAGAUCGAUAAGAACAAAGUGUAUAGUAGGGAAACCUACUUUCAGGACAAGGCGCAAGGACAAAGUGUACAAGACCAAAUAUUAAAAAAUCAAUAUAAAGGCCUAAUUUCCAGUCAAAAUUGUAACUUGUUCAAAAAUUGUGUCAUCUAUAUAAAUGGCUACACAAAACCUGGUAGAUUACAACUACAUGAAAUGAUAGUUUUACAUGGUGGGAAAUUUUUGCACCAUCUGUCCGCAAAGAAAAGAAUUACUCAUAUAGUAGCUUCCAAUUUACCAUUGAAGAAAAGAAUUGAAUUUGCAAAUUACAAGGUAGUUAGUCCGGAUUGGAUAACUGAAAGUAUCGAAAAAGGAAGAUUAUUGCCUUGGCAAAAUUAUUCUUUAACAGCCCAACUUGAUGAACAACAAAAAAAACUGGAUAAUUGUAAAACGGUAAUUCCUUUCCCGCCUGAGAUAAACUCUAAUAGGGCACCUGCUUAUGUUAGCUCCGCGUUACUGCCAAUAAAACCAUCAUCAUCGACAAAUAUCUAUAAUAUAGAUUCUAAAAAAAUAGUAGAUUGUAAUGAUCCGGACUUUCUCAAUUCUUAUUUUGCUCACUCGCGCCUACACCAUCUUUCUACAUGGAAAGCCAAUCUAAGAAGUAAGUUUUUGAACGAAAACAUUAACAACUCAAUCAGGAUCACCAACAAGGACACUUACACAGUAUUUCAUAUUGAUUUCGAUUGUUUCUUCGCAACUGUUGCAUACCUUUGUAGGAGCGCUUGUUUCCUAUCAUGUGAUUUUGAGAAAGAUCCUAUAGUGGUGUGCCAUGGUACCAAAAAUUCCGACAUUGCUAGUUGCAAUUAUGUGGCAAGAAAGUUUGGAAUUAAGAAUGGGAUGUGGGUGUCACAAGCAGAGAAUCUGCUACCAAACGGGGUCAAACUAAUUUCACUACCAUACAAUUUUGAGCAAUUUCAGUCAAAAUCCGAAGCCUUUUACCGAAUUCUCAAAAACUUAAACAUUUUUGACUUGAUAAUACCCAUAUCGAUUGACGAAGCUGUGUGUGUAAAAAAAACUCCAAAUGAUAUCCCGAAUAGUUACAUCUCAAAUUCCGAGAUGUGCAAGGAAAUACGCCGCGAAGUUUUUAAAGAGACCAAUGGUUGCACGGUAAGUAUUGGAUGUUCAGAUUCUUUGGUGCUAGCAAAAUUAGCUCUGAAAAUGGGGAAACCAAAUGGUUAUAACAUUACAUUCAGAAACGAUAUUUCGGAGCAAUUUUGGUCUAAUUUCAAACUGGAUGAUUUACCUGGGGUUGGAUAUUCUGUUCUUUCAAAAUUAGAAUCAACGUUCAAUAAUCCAUCUUUUUUGAGUGAUUUGAGAAAACGUUAUACUCUAGAUUCUUUGAAGGCAAGUGUAGGUUCCAGAUUGGGUAUGAAAAUACAUCUUGCACUACAAGGCCAAGAUGAUGAAGAAAGUUUGAAAAUGCUAUAUGACCCGAAAGAAGUCUUACAAAGAAAGUCGUUAUCAAUCGAUAUCAAUUGGGGUAUCAGGUUCGAAAAUAUAGCUCAAGUAGACUCGUUCAUCGAAAGAGGCUGUCAGUACCUGCUAAUGAAAUUAAAUGAAAUCAACAAAACCACAUCACAAAUUACACUAAAACUCAUGAAAAGAUGUAAAGAUGCUCCUAUUGAACCUCCAAAAUAUAUGGGUAUGGGAAGGUGCGAUUCAUUCAGCCGAGGCAGCAAAUUAGGUAUUCCAACAAAUGAGUUUGGAAUUAUCGCUACGGAAAUGAAAAGUUUGUAUCGAAGUUUAGCUUGCCCUCCAAAGGAAUUAAGAGGUGUCGCUUUACAAUUCAACAAAUUGGUCGAUAUGGAUUCCGGCAACAACCAGCCAAAACUGAGACUACCAUUUAAAACGAUUGUGACAAAUAAAGCAUUUGAAGAUUUACCAGAAGAUGUGAAAAAUGACAUUAACAAUGAAUUUGAUAAAAGAAAUUAUAUGAAAAACGAAUCUGGGUUAGCUUCUAAUAUACCAAGUUCCAAAAAGAAAAGGAGUAUAUAUUUGAAAACAUCAAACAGAAACGACUUGCCCAGCACUGUGGAAGAACAAUUCAUGAAUGAAUUACCAACGCAGGUUCGAGAAGAAGUGAGGAAUGAUUUGAGAAUUCAAAAAAAAAUCCAUCAGACGAAAUUGGGAAACUUACAAGAAAAGAUCAAAAGAAGGGAAGAAAACUUGAAAAAUGAGAAAAAUCAUUUUAUGGGUCAUGACAGCAUCUUCAAACCAAUCAAAUUCCAAAACUUAACCCGAUUCAAAAAGAUUUGUCAAUUAGUAACGCAAUGGGUUGCCGAAACUUUGGGCGAGGGAGGACCACAUGAGAAGGAUGUUAAAUUAUUUGUGAAGUAUGUGGUCAAACUUUGUGACUCUAAUAGAGUUCAUUUGGUUCUUCAAUUAUCGAAUCUAAUAUCAAGAGAAUUAAAUCUCCGAGCCUCUUUAAACCAGGAUCGUACUGGCUUCCAAAAAUGGGAAAAAAUCCUACUCAGUGUUAUAAUUCCACUUUUAAACAGAAAUAAACACACAUUUCAAACUGUACGCAAACUAGACAUGGACUUUGAAAUAUGA